AUAUCAUUUAGCAUGAAUGUAUUUCGACAAACAGUUAACCCAUAACACUGACAGCUCUGCACCAGUUAUUUUAGUCAGUGUAAAUAACGAUCUUCCUGCACUUGACAUCUGACACCCACUUGUGUCGUUUGACAGUAUGAGAUUUCAUCACUGAGAACUGAGCUUUACCUUCAGACAGAGGCAUAGUAACAUAAUAAGAGCCUAAAAACCUUUGUCCACACUGUGAGUAAACAGCCAUGUUUCCUUCAUUUGAGAAGUGUAGAACAACGUUGCUACAACGAAAAGCGCGUCCGUAGUUUCAAUGCAAGUGUAGGGAAAGUGCCGCGCGCAUGGUGGUCUUUACAACCAGUAUAAAUACAAUGCGCGCACUCGCGCUGCUGGAUAAAAAGAAGACACGCGGCUGCACCGGGACGUCCUGAAGCUGAGGAUUAACUGCAGCUAUGGCUGACACUUUACGAAGACUGGUGAACUCUUCCCCUUACAGUGUUUUGCAGGACAAACUUGAAGCCUGGUAUAAAGACUACCACGUGAUCUCUUGUGACCACAACCUGAAUCGCUGCUGUGAGCUGGUGGAGCUCACCUCUAAAAUUCAAGCUCAGUUGUUCUCCAUACUAAACCUUACAGCACAAGAGGGAGGACAUUAUGCAGGGAUUGACACUCUUAAAUCUCGCCUUUUACCAUGGCUUGGCUCCUGCUUUACUAUUGCAGCAUCCUCAGUCUCCACGGAUACAAGCCUCAGUCUCAUUCAGGAAUCUGUGGAGAAAGAGCGCAGGAUUCGUGAACUGUCUUCUACUCAUGAAAGUGACAUGCAGAAAAUAGAAGAUCAGCUGUGUUCUACACGCAUGGAGUUGGACUCAGUUAAACAGGAACUGGCUGAUACUCAGAUUGAUCUGGAUUCCACAAAGAAUAGAUCAGCAACAACACUGCUGGCUACAGAGGAUGAAAUACUACAUCUUAAGGCAGAGUUACGAGCAGCUCAAGAUCAAGUUGCUUUGUAUAAGAGAAAGUUGGAUGUUCUGGAUGACUAUGAGAGGCAGGUCAGGAUCCUGAAAGAUGAGGUCUCUUUCCUCACUGCUGAGAAAUCUGUUCUGCAGGAGAGAUUGGUCAGGAGCCGUUCACCAAGUCCUCUUCCCCGUCGGAGUCGCUCUGUCAGCCCUGUUCGAGGCGAUUCUCCUACACGGGCUCAGCUCACCAGCUCCUCUCGGCACGCGCGGCUGGUCUCUCGUUUCUCAGACCUGUAUGCUACUGAGAGACUCGAGGCUCAGAGUCUCCUGCGCAGAUACAUUGACGAUCUGGAAACAGUCCAGAAGAUCAUUUUCAUUGCUGUUGUGGAAUCCUUCCAGGCUGCUAAACUGGCCUAUCGGCAGUUUAAGAUACGUGUAAGGAAGUCUCUUUCCUCCACACACAUUGGCCCUGAGAGUCUAGAGGAUGCAGUAGUGGAUUAUAUUGUGAGAAAUCUGGACCUGUACGAUGUGCAAACCAGCGUUAAUGACGUCAUAAAUGCGAUGAACGUAAAUCCACGCAUCUCUUUCCCGCCGGAGGUUGACUUUGUUCUGAUCAGCAGCUUUAUCAGGGAAGCGUGUCGAAUAGCUUUCGCCAUGCAGACUCUGGACCCUCCACUAGAUCUGGCCUUCAGCUCAGAAGGAGAACUGUACAGCGAUGUGAAGUACAGACGUAGUUUUGAUUCAGAGUUCACUGCUCCUCUGGUGGUGUAUCAUGUGUGGCCGGCGCUGGUGGAGGGAGACGCUGUCAUACUGAAAGGAGAGGCAGUGACCAAAAGAGGAGUGCUGUGGAAAAGCAGGAGUCGUAGCUCCAGUCCUGUUCGCUCCCUAUCUCGCUCAGGAAGCCCUACCCGCACAUUUGUGAGUUUCUGUGAUGACUGAAAACUUGGACAGUUGCUCUUCAAUCCAUCAUAUAUAAAUGCCCAGUCGUAGUCGAAGUCCCUCGCCUGGACGUCUCUCUACUAGUCGACUAUAAAUUUCAACAUCUGAAGUGUGUCAAUAGGAUAACAUAUUUUUUCUUAAUCUUUUUUUCCAGGAAUUAUGUAUAUUUGAUAUGUGUGGGAUAAAAUAGAACAGAGUGUUCAAGAUAAACAGUUAUCUUCAUAUCAAAACAUUUUAUGAGAGACAAACUUUGAUAAUAUUUCUGGGGCCUUAUGCAUGCAUUCAUCAGGUCCAGGCACAGUUCAUAAAUCUACAUUAUAUUGAUCCGUGUAUUCACUUCCUGUACAGAAAUGUACUUGCUAAGGUGCUUUGUUUGUCAUGUCAACUAAUCACAUAAUAGGUGCUUUUUUGUAUGAAGUGAUUUGUUUUCAUAUAUUUGGUGUUAUGUGAUUUUCCUUUACAGUAGAAACUAGAAAUUCUGUUGGUUUUAAAACGUCAUACCUGCACAUCAGCACUUUUGUAAUUCAGAUUCCCUGGAGAAAUAAGUUGAUUGGUUGAUUUGAAUUGAAAUCUGUUUUCUGUCUUUACUUGAAAUAUCAAUGCUGGAAGUCAAGUGAUUGUAGUUUAUUUUCACCAACAAAACAUAGACCUAACAGAAUCUGCAGUAUAUUUUUACCAAUGUGAGAUGUAUUGGUUUGUAUUGUAUGAAUUCCUAGUUAAAGGAACUUUUCUCCUAUUGGUGCUAAAUAGUUAGGUUUACUUCAAUAAACGAGUCUGUAACAAAACCUCAAUUUUACAGUAUGGUUUUAAGGUGCUGUGUCUAUACUUCUGAUUUUAUUAAUGAAGUCUGUGUCAAAAAAAAAACCUAAAGAA